CGGCUGCCUCUCAGAGUGUGAGAGGAAACGCAGAGAAGAUGGUUUUUGGAGAAGGAACUCGGCUCAGAGUCGACUCCGCUGAGGAUCUCCAGCCGUCCUACUACAAACUGGUAGAUGAAAAUACAAACGAAACGGCCUGUCUGGCCACUUCGUUCACCAGAAGCCGAAAAGCAGAGUUGGAUUAUCCGAAUCUCUUCAACAACAAGACACCAGCGGUCCGGCCAUCAGACGACUCGCUCUACAGCCAGGUGGCCUUCUUAUCUGAUGCGUAUCAAGUGCAGCAAUGUGGCAAAGCGGAGAAUGGAUCUUUACCUAAGACCUGUAAGGACGAACUGACACCAGAUCCCAGGAUGAACUUCGUGGCUCUGAUGGUCCUUGGCCUCAGGUUGCUCUUCCUGAAGACCGUGGUCUUCAACGUCCUGCUGACGGUGCGGCUGUGGAUCAGUCAGUGACGCCUGCAGACCUUGGGCGGAGGAAGAUGGCGGAGGAGGAUGACGGGUCACAUGACCACUUCCUGUUCACGUGAAUGAAUCGUCGCCCGGCUUCAUCUCUUCGUCUCUUUCAUGUAUAAUAUCAGCAGCUUUAUUGUUUUGAGCGGCGCUGCUUCCUGUCCUGCUGAUGUAGAUAUCACUUCCUGUUGAUUUAACGCUGUGUUUGAUGUGAUGAUUCCUGCUAAUGAAAUAUAAAACAACAAAUUAUAAAUAAAGACGACACACU